AUGGCCCACAUCGUGCCAGCCGUCGUCAUGCUGUUGGUCGCCGCGCAUCUCAUCUGCUCCACCGUUGCAUUUCGUUUCAAACCGGCCGAGCCCCUCUCAGGCCCGGUGCGCAUCAACUGUGGCAGCAGCGAGGCGCUCACUAUCAACGGCCGCCAGUGGCGCGCUGACGCCUUUUACGACGCGGGGCAGCCCUUCCGCAUCCCCCCCUCGCCUCCCCUCUCCUCUCCCCGCCUCGCGUCGCCCGUGGAGGCCACCCUGCGCGCCUUCCCCGAGGUGAACAGCAACGGCGGGUGCUACACGGUGCCUCUGCCCGCGGACGCGCGCUACCUGGUGCGCGUGGGCGUGGCCUACCGCAACUACGAUGGCGCGCGCUGCCCGCCUGCCUUCCACAUGGCCGUGAAUGGGCUCAUCCUGAGGACGGUGGUGAUGGGCGUCACGGAGGAGCAGUUCCCGCUGUCCGCCUUCUACUCCGAGUUCGUUGCCUUCGCCCGCCAGGGGCGCAUCGCCGUGUGCUUCCUGCCGCUGCUGGGCGUGGUGGCGGCGCCCCCCCAGGUGAACUCGCUGGAGCUGCUGCCCGCCCACCCCCUGGCGUACGACGGCGCGGUCACGGGCAGGGACGUGGUGGUGGUGCCGCUGCUGCGCCACAACCUGGGCGCUGCCCGCCUGGCGGGGGGUGGGGAAGGGCGAAGGGUCCCUGCGCUGCAGCAGGAUAGUGGGGAGACGAGUGGGAUGGGAAGGGUGAGCGGGGGGGGCACAGUGGGAGGGACCGUGGGGAGGGUGGCGGAAUGGGAGGGUGAAGAGGCGGAAGCAGCGGAUGAGAGAGGGGUGGAAGGAAGUGGAGGGAAGGUGGGGGGGGCAGCUGAAGUGACAGAGGGGGGGAGGGGGUUGCUGGAGGGGAAGGGGGAGGGGCGCGAUGGGGGAAUGGUGGAGGUGGGGUGGGCGGAGGAGGACAGAGCAUUCAGGGUGUGGGGGCGCGACUUAGCUCCCGCAUGGGGCGCCGUGCCUGGCUCCAUGGCUGUGCAGUCAGGCGCUGGUAGUGAUGCCAGUGGUGGCGGCAGCAGCAGUGCUGGGGCGAAUUCAACCACGGCAGAUAACUGGGUUACACGUGGGCAUCCGUUCAAAGUGGUCACCACCUCCCGAAGCAUUGCUGGUGCUGACGUGGCACCAGACUACAUUCCUUCCGUAGUGUUCCAGUCGGCGUGGGAGGGGGCAGUGGAGGAGCGGGCGGGCGGGUUGGGAGAGCGCGUGAGAAGCGAGGAGGGUGGGGGGGCAAUGGACGGCGAUGAGACUCAGCAGGAGGAGCAGCCAGAGUGGGGGGGCAACAGAAAAGGAGGGCUGGUGUGCUGGGCCAACAGCAGCAGAAGUGGCGGCGGCAGCAGUGGGGAGAGGGAGACGUGCAUGGGGUCGGUGGGGUUUGCCGUGCGUCUAGAUCCGGUGAAUCUGCUGGACGUGCUGUGCGUGCGCCUCUUCUUCGCCGAGACCGACCCCCUCGUUGCUGCUGGCGACCGGCGCUUCGACAUCCGGCUGGGCGCCAUGAGCGUGCUGGGCGUGGGGCAGGGGCGAGGGGGUGCGGAAAGGGAGGCGGAAGACGAAGAGGCAGGGGAUGAGCGGAAAUGGAACGGGUCGGGGGGGGAAGGGAAGGGGGAGUGGGAGAGGGGAGACUCGAGUGAGGAGGGAGUGAGCAGGGUGGAAGAGAGAGAAGGGGGGGAGGAGGAGAGGGGGGGGAGUGAGGGGGGCACAAGAGAUGAUGAGGGCGAGGCAGCCAGCAGAGGAGGCGCCACGGAAGGGCUCAGAACGACGAGGGUGGCGGCGGGACGGGAGUUCUGGCAGGGGAGAGGCGGUGCGGUGAGAUGGCAGGGGCGCGGGGAAAAGUUUCAACGGCUGAGCUCUCACAUGGGCAGGGAGAAUGGUGAUGGGGGGGAGGGUGGUGGUGAGGAGGCGAAUGCAGGGAGGGCGGAUGAGGUAGAUGAUGGAGAAGGGGCGGAGAAAAGGAAGGGAGACCGUGAUGUGGAUACAAAUGAGGAGAUUGAGUCGGAUGCAGGUAGUGGAAGGAGAAGGCUUCUGGAGGAGUGGGAAGGUGUUAGAGUAAGCAGGGCAGUGGUGCAUGGCAACGUGCUGCUGGACGCGCUCACGAGCAUCAGUGAGAGCGGUGAGUUUGACACGGGUGGCGGCGUGGGCACGCCCGUCAACUGGUACCGCAACUUCCUCGACUUCCGCCUGCAUGACUUCCUCUUCGGCCCGCAGCCCCGCCCCUGGCAGCACGAGCGCCUGCACCUGCUGCGCUCCAAGCAACCACAGGCGCUGGGGUGCUGGGAGGGGCAGCAUGAGAAGCAGGCAGAGGAGCAGAUGGAGGAGGAGGAGGAGGAUGUGUUUGAUGGGAGCAACCCGCUGUUUGCCCGGGACUGGAGUGCGACGGGGUUUGACAUUCUGGUGGCGGCCAACGGGUCACAUGACCGUGCGGUGGUGGUGCAGCUGUGCUUCAACUUCACACGCUAUGCGCAGCAGUACGGCCCCGACCUGGCCCUGCUGCUCUCCCCCAUGCGCGGGUCCAAGCGGCCGCCACUGCUGGCGGGUGUGGAGGUGGUGGAGAUUGUGAGGACGCCCCCUGCCGGCCACGUGCCCCGCGGCUACCUGCCCAACGACAUUGCAGCCGUGAUCGUGCUCCUCUCCCUUGCCUACAUCGCCCUCAAGCUUGCUCCACACUGCCGUGCCUCCGCCUCUCACCUCUCCUCGACACGCAUCCCUUUCACACGCCUCCUCGCAGGACAAGCUAAAGACCGGCACAGCCAAUGA